AUGUCUUGGACCCAAGUUUCUCCCACUCGCUAUGAGCGGUCUUUUGACUCCCUCGAGGUCUUCUAUCGUGCCAUUGCCGAUGCUGGGGCAGCUCUCAAUAAGCAGCACUAUCUGAUUUCAUCGGUGACCCGGCUGAAGGCCUCCCUACCCCCAGCACAGAUCCAACAAGCCUGGAAGAACCUGAGUCAGCAGCAUCCCCAGAUUGCUGCCGUGGCAGAGAGCAAUACCCGCCUCGUAUACACCGUCCCAUCCCCAGCCGAACUCAAUGCCUGGGUCGAGGACACUUUUCUCGUAAAGCCAGACAUCUCAGCCGCUCACCUGAUCCCAACCCUAGAACCAACCACGGUCUUCCGACUAUACUACCUCCCCCAAUCUCGCGAACUCCUCUGGCGAACUCCCCACUGGCGCAUCGACGGCUUCGGUCUGCUGCAUCUCCAAGCAUCUUUCUUCGACCUCCUCUCCGGAACAACCACCCCAGACCCAUCAGUCACCAACCUACUCACACGCCUAAACCCAACCCUUGACGAAAUCAUCUUCCAACCGAACACAUUAACCCCCGAGGAGAUGAAAUCAGCAGCCGACGCCGAACUCUCCAUCGUCCUCGAUAACGCACCCACCGCCAUCUCCAUGCCCACUCUCCCCAAUAUCCUCCCCACCACCACCCGCACCACCCAAACCAUCAUCCCCGCGGAAACAACCACCCAGAUCAUCGCCGCGUGCAAAGACCAGGGCAUCACAAUCACCACAGCCCUACACGCCGCAUUUGCAGUUGCUAUGCUCCCCCACGCACAACACAACUUCGAUCCUUCGACGCGUGGGCAACCAGGUGGAACCUACACAACGCUCAACACGUUCAGCCUCCGACGGUACAUGCCUGCUCCAUUCAACGGGCCUUCCGCGGCAGUGAGUAUCUACCAUACUGGUCUGGGGAUCUCUAUCGAUUUGUCCUCACACCGAGACUUUUCCUCCAUCGCUUCCGUCCUAGGAAAAGGAUACUCUCGGAACCUGGGUGCCGAGGAACCACGAAACGUAUUCGCCUUUCUCCCUCAGUACGUGAAACAGGUCCUGGAACUCUUCAGCAUCCAGCCAGAAGAUCCAUUACAUGGACCGGCAGUACCAGUAUUCGUUUCGAUGGGAAGGGUGAACGAUUCACUAGGUAGUCAGUACGGAGAGGUGGAGAUAGAGGACUGGUGGAUUGGCGUGGAAGUACUCUCACGGGAAUUGGUCGUGCAUGUGUGGAGUUGGAAGGGGGAGUUGCGAUUGGGGGUGUGUUGGAAUGAGGCAUUUUAUGAAGAUGUGUUUGUUAAAGGGAUUAUGAAUGCGUGGAGGGGUGUGUUGGUGGGGGAGUUGUGCGGUUGAUUGAUUGUUUGAUGAGUAGAUGGAGGUAGAAGAUUAUUUUUUGAGC